GAAAUAUCUUUCAUUGCCUUUAAUGGGUCUUUCUACUUGAUAUCCUUCUAGAAUCAGAAUGGUCUGGUUUGGAAGGGGCCUUUAGAGGCUCUCUAGCCGUGCAAUGAGCAGGGGCCUCUUCAACUAGGCCAGGUUGCUCAGAGCCCCAUCAAACCUGACCCUGAAUGUUUCCAGGGUUGGGGCAUCCAUCACUUCUCUGGGCAAUCUGGGCUAAUGUUUUAUCACCCUCAUCAUAAAAAUAUUUAUCCUUGUAUGUUGUCUGACUCUACCCUCUUGUAGUUUAGAACCAUUGUCCCUUGUCCUGUUACUACAAGUCCUGAUUAAAAAGUCUGUCCCCAUGUUUUUUGUAAGUCCCCUUUAGGUACUGAAAGGCUGCAACAAGGUUUUUCCAGAGCCUUCUCUUCUCCAGGCUGAACUAUUCCAAAUUUCUCAUCCUUUCCUCGUAGGAGAAGUGCUCCACCCCUCUUGUCUUGUUUCUGUGCUCCAACAGAAGCACCUUUUACACCAUAAUUCUUCUGAUUAAACCCAAAUAUCAUUGUGCUCUUUCUUCAUUCUUGGUGGUGCACCCAAAUUUCUGCUUUCCUCUACUUCUUUUUUCCCUCAAACUUGCUCUAAGGGUAUUAUGCUUUUCCUUCCUAUUUUAUGUUGUUUGGCCUGUCCCUCGUCUCUUCUGCUGCUCAUUGCUUCCCUACCUUCUUGUCUGACCUUGUGCUUCCAGGCUUUGUGAAACAGGAUCAAACAACCUGACAAACCUGCAAGUGUUGAAGGAGGCUUAGCAUGUGAAUUUUAAGGCUGGUGUUUGUGUAGAUAAUGACCUGAACCAAAUGCUAAACUGAAACCAUCCCAGGUUUCUGAUUCCAAGAUUUGCAGGACAGUUGAAGUCCUGCAAUGACAUCCAAGUGUCUCAGGCCUGUCUGCACUGUAUGACAGGUGCAAGGACAGAUUAAAUAGCAAGAGAUCAUGCAGGCACACAAGAAUGCUACACUCCCUGUUAAUGGAAGUGGGUGCUUUGUGGAUGAGACAAGCUGGGUGCACAAUGGUUGCAAAUUCCAGCAAGGAAAUUCUUUGGUUCAGUCCCAUUUGUCUCUGCCAAAAUAUGUAGGCUUAGUUGCAGGCAGAUUUCUUACAAUGAAAAUUGUAGCAGUGUUCACUGAAACUGAAAGGACCCACCUGGGCUCCAUGCUCCCACUUGUCCAAGGUGAAGGGGCUGCUGCUGCCAGAGGCUCUGGCUGUUCCUGUGCCAUUGCCAGCAGGUAGCACUUUGCACUGAGCUGCCCCGUGCUUCAUGGUGCAGGGCAAGUCAUGUGUUUGUUAGCAGCUAAGGCACACAGGAGUUGGGAAAGAAAGGAACUGUUGUUGAACUCUCCAGUGAGUAAUAAAGUUGGCUUGUUUAAACCAUGAAAAAGUGAGGCUUUCUGAAGCUCUUGGCUCUGUUUCUAAUCCAGGAACAAGAGAAUUGUUUGGCGCUCAUGUAGAUGGAGAGAGUCUUCUAAUUUACUGCCAAGACUUAGGCUUAGAUGGGUAUCAUCUAAAAGAUGUGGGCAUAUAGAAGAGAGAAAUAUUGCCUGGAAAUGACUGCAGACUCGUGAUACUGAAGGUGUUACAUAAACUAUGAUUUAAAAAAAAAGUCACACAGCUGCACUAUAUCUGUAUUAGAGCUGUCUAAAAGAAAUGCCUGUGUGUUCCUGUUCAUAACUGCUUUCAGCUUAAUGAUAGUCUGCACCCCAGAUGUUUUUCAUAGAGCAACUUUUUAAAUGUUUCACUUCCCUCUUUACAGAAGUGGCCAAUAAGUAAUGAGAGACCUAUUUGUCUUUUCUCUUCUAUACCCUGCAUCACCUUUCCUUCAUGUUCCACUUUUUCGGACAGCUUGUAAAGUAUUGUGUCAUAUCUUCCUAAUGACAGAGUGGGCUCUUGCACACCCAUUUGUUUAAACCUGCUGGUGCAUUCUUUUGAUACCAGGUUUGUUGAGAAAAUCCUACAGUUUCACUCCCUGGCUGUGCAGAGCUAUAUUUGGUGUGCCUGGAGCUGGGGAAAAGUUGAACUGCCUCUGUAUUUCCACUUGGCUGCUGAGUCUGUCCUUAGCCAGGCAUGAGUGGUCAAAGGGUGCAAAGGCAGCCCAGAGCCCACACACUGAGGAGGCCGAAACAAGGGAAGGAUUUCCUGCCUCACUGUUGCCACUGACCAGAACAGCUAUUGCACAAGAAUUUGGAUCCUUCUUUUUCAUCCCCAUCUUGGAAACUGGGGAGGGAUUGACAGCACAAGGCAAAGAGAUUUGUUACAGCCAACCUUCUCUUCCUGCCCCUUCGAACACCCGAAUCCAGCAUUUCCUCCAGGAGCAGGAAAUGUUGCUGUAAUCAUAAGUGUAUAUUAUAUUACCAUAAUAUUGUAUCAAUAAGGCUUUUGCUGCCUCCUUCACAUUCUGCAUUCUGGCAAGACUCUUAAACUAAGCAGAAAUUAUUUUACUUAUUACAGAGAAUGAUAUUCUCUGUAUGAAAACACAAUUUGAUAAAAACAUUUAGAGUUCUUAGAGUAAAAGAAACAUUUUCAAAAAACACUGCAGCUGUAGAGUACAUCUGCUUUUCCUGAUACUGUGAUCCAUAAUGACUGAAUGAAACUCAGUGCUAGACAUAUAAAGACAGUUCAGAAUUUUCAAAACUGUCAGCAGCUUUUGAAUUACUAUUUGGUGCUAUUGACAGGAGCUGGACGCUGGCUGGGCACUGUGCUGGUAGGUGUGAUGACAGGUCUCAGAUUUUAGGUAUUUUAGACAAUAACUAAGGUGUGCCAAUAAUCCUGUGCAGGCAAACCCUUACAUGUAAAAGUCACCAAAUCAUUAUACAGAAAUGUUAUGAAAUACAAACUCAGACCUGGAGCUCUGGAUUGAAAAGGUGGGUUGGGGUAAGAGGGUUAUCAAACCUGCCUCAGCAAAGAUUCUGUGCACUGCCCUUGUCUACAAAUGGAAGAGAUAUGUAGUGGCUAUGAAGCCUUGGAGAAACUGCAAAGUGUUACAGGGGAGCUAAUGGCCCCUAGGUAUCAGUGUUUGGGGAAAUUUGUACUUAACUUUAGUGAUUGAUUUCUGCGGUACAUGUCAGCACUGCUAACAUUGUCAUGUUUAUUCCAGAAUGGAGGUUAUGGCAAUCUCCUGGAGCAAACUUCAGGCUGAAGCACAGGUACCUGUGCCUGGGUCCCCUCACAGCAUUUCUCCUGCUGAGCUUGAUGAAUGAGCGCUAACAUUGUGACAGCCACAGUGGGGAGUGUGAGUCUCUUAAACCCCAAAGGAGCUGCUGAGUCUGAGAGGUGGAGGAGAGCAGAGUGCCAGACUUGAGCAGUCUUUCACACAAAUUGCACUGGGCAGUGGAGUUGAAAGUUUUGAGGGAGAUGAACUUACCUUGGCCUAUUGUUUCAUGACUGAGAGUUUCCUGAGCUCUCAAGGAUAUUUCCACCAAAAUCAGGGCUGAUGUCCCCUCUGUUGGAUAUUAAAAGUAAAGGGAUGAAAACCACAUCCCAAUUCUUAUCUCUGUGUUUGCCGUGAAUUCUGUGGAACUAUGCUGGUUGAAGCUAAAAAAUUAAAUUCUUUGCAGGUUUGAUCACUUAUUUCAGCCAGGCAAUUAUUUUCUGGCUUAAAGCAAAUUCUUUUUUUCAGUUUCCACAAGAGUAAAGCCUAUCUAUCACUAUUUUAAAGAAAACCUGUAUGUAUUAAAAAAAAUUAUUUGACAGUAACAUCCUCAAAUGCUAAAGCUGACAGUAAUUUUACUGUUGAGUGGUCAUACUUUUGUAAGUAUUGCCUUGGAAGAAAUUUUAUGUUCCUAGAUGGGACAGAAGAUGACAACAGAAAUGCAAAUUAGCAUAGCAAACAGGAAAAAGCAGCAAGGCCUUAUCUUUAGCUAGUGCUUCUUUUGAAUCCAUAGUACCUGAAGCUGUGAAAGGAGUACACAAGAGUACACAUUGUUAGCCUUACACACGUAUACCCAACAUCCCUGAAUCUUCUGAGGAGACAUUGAAAGAAACACAGUCUUGCUGUUCUGCACCACCAGGUAAAACUGCAUUCCCUUCAGAUUAGGAACAGUUUGCUCUGCUGUUCUCCAGUGCUGAGCAUCUGUGCCCAUGUUAUUAACAUCCUGCAGCAAGUUGUCAGUUCAGCCUAAAGGUUUUUGGAAGAAAUAAACUCUACAUGAAAACUGAAUGUAAUUAAGUCUUACAUUCAGGACCCUGAUGAGUGAUACAGAGGGAGAAGUAGAAGAUGGUGAAUUUCACAGAGAAUGUGACUGAGAAAUGCAAUAUUAAUCAUGAAAUCCACGAGACAUUAUCCCCUGUGGUGUACAUAUUUGUGUUCAUAUUAGGCUUGCCAGCAAACUGCCUGUCCCUGUACUACGGCUAUUUACAGAUCAAGGCUAAAAAUGAAUUAGGUGUCUACCUUUGCAAUUUGACUAUAGCAGACCUGCUGUACAUAUUUUCUUUGCCUUUUUGGCUACAGUAUGCUUUACAGCACGACAACUGGACCUACGAUGAGCUGCUGUGCAAGGUGUGUGGCAUCAUGCUGUACGAGAACAUCUACAUCAGCGUGGGCUUCCUGUGCUGCAUCUCCAUCGACCGCUACCUGGCCGUGGUGCACCCCUUCCGCUUCCAGCGCUUCCGCACCAUGAGGGCUGCGGCCAUCGUCAGCAGCGUCAUCUGGGCCAAGGAAAUCAUCACCUGCAGCUUUGUCUUCACACACGGCGAGAUCAGCAUGGAUGCUGAGAGCCACCUGGUGUGCUUUGAGCAUUACCCCAUCAAGAAGUGGGAGCACAAUGUCAAUUACUACCGCUUCUCUGCUGGCUUCCUUUUCCCCUUGUUUCUGCUGGCCUUCUCCUACUGUGGGAUUCUACGAGUUGUUCACAAGAGUCCUGGCACCCAAAAGAAGAAGAAAAUCCAAAUUAAAAGACUGGUAUCAAGCACUGUUUUCAUCUUUUUAGUCUGCUUUGGACCAUACCACAUCCUACUUGUAGUUCGUAGCUUGUUGGAGAACAGCUGCUCGUUUGCUGAGAAAAUAUUCAAUGUUUACCAUAUUUCUCUCCUGUUAACCACUUUUAACUGUGUUGCUGACCCAGUAUUGUACUGUUUUUCCAGUGAAAGCACUUACCAGAACUUCAUCAAGAUGAGAGACUCUUGCCUAACAUGUUUAGGCCAUUUGAGUACUGAGACGAAGGAAUCCUAUCCACUAAACACUACUGAAACUCCCAACAGAAAACAGCAUGAACAACAGCCAGGGUUAUUACAAAUACCACUUGAUGAUGCUGGAAUGAAGGACUGCUUCACAACUAAUGCAGACAGCCUAUAGCAUUAAUCAAAAGGACCUUUAUCCUACACCUGCAGCUAUGGCUGUGUUUGUGGAUCUGUCUGAAUUAUUCAUGCAUUACAACAGUGUGACCUCCCAAAGGCUUAUGAGCAAUGCUGUACAGUGGAGCUGUUUCUAGAGGUGCUUGGACCCUGGCAAUAGUGAGGAAAGUAUGUGCUAAGUCAGUUCAGUUAUAAUCACGUAUCUCUUGUGCUGCCACUUAAAAUCUGUUUGUCUUGAUGACUGCACUGACUGGAAUAAGCCAGUACUCACGGUGUGCAGUUCUGGUGAACUCAUCUUUAGCUGCCUCUGUUUGCCCCUGUAGCAUCUAGAGAAAGUAAUUCUCUACAAGCUGUCAUCAUCUGUUGAAAAGGUCAGAGACAAAAAAAACAUUAAUGUCCCCAUAUACUUUUAAAAAGAAAAAUCCCAACAAAACACUUCUGCAACAUCUCUGUAACUCUCUGAAAAAAACUCCUUCUGCCAGUUUCAAAGCCUGCAGAGACCAUGCCAGAACCAGAUUCCUAAAACAAUCAGUCUGAUAGUGUGAGACAUUGUGGGAGAACAUGCACAAGGAGCUCAGCACCUGCUGAGACCUUCAAGGCUCUUAUUUCACUGUUGAGCCUCAGACUGUUAAACCUCUUUGUAAGGCUCCUAGAGACUCCUGGAAGUAGGAGAGACUGGGCUCCAGUGAGUGUCUAUAACUUGGUUUGUCAACUCAGAAGAGAACAAGAGAUUGGUAGUAUGUGAGGUACUUUGGUCCCAUGGGCUUCUCUGAGUCACUCUGUUCAAGAAUAUUUAUUUACAUCUAGAUUCUACUACACCUUGCUAAGGUUUUGAUUGUGUCCUUUACAGUUUGUGUGUCUUGUGCAGCACAGACCAUGUAGGCAAUUACAUAACAAUGCAUUUGUCAGGGAAACUGUUGAAUGAAUUCUGUUUAAACCGUGUUUUUGCUCACAGAUAACAUAGUUGAGGGUUGGAUCAUUGUUCAGUAAAUACAGUAUCAGAAAUAUGAUGUAUGAAUGAUCUGUGUCCUGGUUUAGACAGAAACAAACUAUAGGAGUAAGUGGAGAAUAAUGGCUUUUAAACACCUGGGAGUUGUGCUCCUCAGUAUUGUUUCUACCACCCCCUCCUCUCUAGGUUCUUUAGGGUUUUUUUGUUACACUAAUGAUUCCUGCGUGACUCUUCUUUGACAUCUGCUCAUCACACCUCCUUUUACCUGCAGCUGUUACACCAUAAAUAUUGCCUUGUCCUUUCAAUUCUCUGGUUUCAAACCUUCCUUGAAACACCUCUCUCUCUGCAACCCAGAGCUGAUAACUUCCAGCAGUAUAAUCAGUUCUGUUUCUUUGGUUUGCUUUUGAGUCCAAAGAUUGUCUAGACAGAUGGUUUACUCCUGCUAUUUGAAUAUGUCAUUGUAAUACAGCCUUCCUAGUAAUCAGAUUCCAAAAGGAAUAUAUUCUAACAGUUUUCUGGAAACCACCUUGAGAGUGCAAUAUUGGAUACAAUUAGUGGAUGUGUUUAAUAAAGAAUGUUUUUAUAAUUUUCUUUUUAUAUUUUUUCACACCAUGUUUGAAAUAACUAUCUUUAGCUUUGGUGCACAUUUUCUAUUUGUGAGACUACAGAUCCUCUCCUCCCUCCUCUUGCAGAAAGGAUUCAUGUCCUCAGCACAAGAGGGGAUUAGGUUUGCUUAGGUUAACAUUUGGUUUGUUUAAUUAUUUUACAUUUCUUUAUACUUUGACCACUCAGCUGGAUUAAUUAACUUUACAUCUGCAUUUUUUUCUCCUGACUAUUAGCACUGUUUAGCUUUAUUUUCUCCUAAUCUUUCAUCUCCUCUGCUGUGUAUUCCAAGGGGUUUGUAGGGCAGGGACCCCCUCCCUGGAGUGCUGACCUUGUGCAUUGUCAAGCACCAACUCCUUGGGCCCCCCACGACUGCCAGGCUGCGAGACACACGUGGUUUGUUCUAGGAUUAAAUAUUUGUUGUUGUGUUUAUGUGUUGCUCCUUUACAGUUCCCCAUGCUGUUUAAAUUAGACAGCUGGAAUGCAGAGCCUGGUGUACUACAUGGAAUUGUCAUCUGAGGGAUUCAGGCUCAUUGGAGAUGGAACUUUGAUGUGGUCAGCUUUGGUCAGCUGCUGCAGUUUAAAAUCAGAUGGAAACUUGUGUAACACAGUGCAGCAUUCUGCUCCAGUUCUCAGCACCUAACCUGCUAACCCAGAACAGAAAGGAGGGAUUUUUUCUUCUUUUUCCCUUUUUUUUCUUGAAGCCAAUAUUUUAUCAAUUCUUUCUGUAUUGUAACUGUUUGGCUUAGGCUGCAGAACUGUAACCAACAGAGCAGGAAGGAAACUCCCACUCACAGCUUUUCCUUCCCUCUCAGUAAAAAGACAUUCACUCAAGGGUCCUGCUAAGGUUGCUAGAGACAUGCUACACGUGCUACUGAAGUAAAUGCCGUGCUUGGGAUGCACACAAGAAAGCAUUUUAAAAGCACACACUCAAGAAAAAGAAAAAAAAAAUUAAAUUUUGUAUUUCUUAAUGAAAACUGACUGUUAAGACUUGUAUUUUGGGGUGAAAAAAGAGCAAAAGGUUACUAAAUGAAAAUUUUUUUUGAAAAUAUCCAUUGCACCUGUUAGUGUAACAUGUCAGUAGCACAGAAAGAAUAAAAUCAACUGUUUCUUUUGAAAGGAUGCAAAUUUCAUUCUGCGAGUUCUGUGCAGCAGUGAACACAUGCCAUCCUCCAGAGCUACUGGCUUUGGCAAAAAGUUCAAGCAUUCUUAUGAAAUAUUUUACUUAAUACUUAUAGUUAGGAGAGUUUGGAGACUUCUAAAGGAGAUAUUUUCUAAUUGUGAAACUUCCAAGAUACUUUUCUAGAACAUCCUUUGAGAAGUUUUUAGAUAAAAUGAAUCUAAAAAAAGAAGACUGAUCUAGAAAAUGAACAUUGGGAUCUUUGGUGAACCUGAAUGUCUAGCAGAAGUCUGGCAUUAAGAUUUUUUCUGUCAUGUGUUCUACUAUUCUGUGUCUUUAAAGGCCCUGUAUCCUCAGGGACUUCAGGAGAUUAAUGUUCAAAAUACGCUGGUGUUUGUGGUAUGAAAUUAUUUUUCUCAUUCUGAAAAAGUUAAGUUGUUUGUCUUGUAUUGAAGAAGGAAAAUAAAACUCACCUGCCAGGAAGGAAAAGAGAUAUAAAGUGUUGCUUGCUGCUGAAAGUCCAACUGAAGGCAACUUCCAUUUCAUGACAGGAAAAGCACCAGUGCUCCAGGGGUGGUGUCAAAUGCACCCCCCUCUCUCUGCUGGCAGGGCUGACAGCCAGCAGAACUGCAGUCCUGCCACCCACCUGCAGUUAAGGUAAAAUUACAGCUUUGAAUGACAAAAGCUGGGCACAAUU